AUGGAGGAAGAUAAUCCUUUCAGCAAGGCUCAAACAGUUCAUCCAGAAGUUCGAGCGUAUGUUUACAGUCUGGUCAAUGCUCUUGGUGGAAGCAGCACCGACGAUGACGGUCGCUACGUGCUCGGUGACGAUGCGCUUGCCUGCUUGCGCGAUUUGAAGCGCUGGCUCAAGUUCUAUGACGAGAAAAACAACCGCCUAGACGUGGCACGAUGUCUCGCAGAAGCCCACCUUGUUGGAGGAGAUCUCAUACCAGUCCUUGCCUCGUGGCCCGACGAUGGCAAGGCCAACAAAUUGAAGGCAAGAGUUGCACUGGCAUGUCUGGAAUUGCUGGUACCAUUGACCUGGCCGUUGGAAACAGGAGGAGAAAUGACUGCGAACCACCAUCGGCAUACACCAUAUCUCCAACAGGCUCAGGUGUUAUACAAGGCUGGCAUUCUCGGCUGCGAUACUAGUAGUAUCCUUCGCCAGGUCAUACGUAUAGGUUUGCCUUCGAUUGCUGUUGCUAGAGACGAGAGGACAAGUCGAGACGAUGGUAUCCUCAAACUCAUGCUUUAUUUCUUAAGAAAUCUAGCAGUCAUCCAACAGCUCCCGAAUCUGCCAAGUCAGGGUCUGGAUUCAGAAGUCUCUCGCUCUGCAACAAUAGAGGCGUUUCGUGAUCAGGAUGUGUUUGCCCUUCUUUUGACAAUCUGUUCGAACAUGGGCGAAGACUUCAACCUUCAGGAUGUAAUCGUGCUAGACAUCAUCUUCAACCUCAUUAAAGGCGUCGAUCCGAAGCGAUUGUGGAUGACAGAACAAGAGCGAAAGGGUCACGGCAUCACUGAGCUAGGAGCAGCAUUGGCGCUCGAAGAUAGCCAAACAAGAGGCGCAAAACGACACCAAUGGAGUCGACACGGCCGGUUUGGUACCAUGAUCUGGGUUAAGCGUGAGGAUCAAAAAAUGUCUGCUGUUUCUGGGCAGGACAAUCUGAAGAAUGACCAGCAAGCCUUCUUCAACAUGGACAAAUCGAAGAAGUGGAACAAACCACAGCAGAAACGCAAAGACAUUGAACACACUAUCCAUGAUUUCGAUCAUACCACUCGACUUACAGACUCAGCUGCCGAAAAGCUUCGCAACUUUGUCGAGGAAUUUCUAGAUUCCGGCUUCAAUCCAUUCUUUACUCAUCUCAGAAAAGCUAUCGAGAGGGAAGCAGAACGUCUCACAGAUGUCAACUACCGCCAAUUCUUCUACACCGUGGCAUGGUUCCUCGAUGCGGAACGAAGCCGUAGAGAGAGACAGAAGAAGGAAAACAAGCCCGACAAGGUCCGCACAGAUUUCGAAGAUGAGAGCUAUUCGCUUGUGGCAGCUGUGCUGAACCAGGAAACAUUCAUUAUGCUUAAUCGCUUCAUGCAACUCUCUCUGGACAACAAAGAAGCUCAGGAUCUCAACGCAAGCAUGCGCUGCUUUACGCAAAUUCUUCUUACCGUUCAGGAAAUGGCACAGAGUCCAGUUGAAGAAGACCAAGAGAUUGCCGACAACAUCCAGAAUCGAAUAUUCUACGAAGAGACAACACAUGACAGAAUUGUCAGAAUCCUGCGAGAAUAUAAGGAUCAAGGGUUUGGAUACCUUGACGCCUGCACUGAGCUAUCUCACGUAUUCCUCCGGAUGUUGGAGAGAUACUCCAAAGAAAACGUUGACUUACAGAUACGAUCCAGACGUAGGGCCAAGAAGAAGCAUAAAGAAGUCCAAAGACAAGCGGCGCAGACUGGGGCUGAUCUAGGUGCGGAAGACGAAAACUCAGAAAAUGAAGAUAUAGCAGAUGUGGUUCAAGUCGCCAAAGAACGCAAGUUCGACUUCCAUCGGUUCGCAGCGAAGUUUUCCACCCAAGCAUCAGUCAAUACCUUUGUUGCCUUAACGGCAUUCUACAAGGAUCUCAGCACUGAACAACUUAAGAGGGCGCAUCGUUUCUUUUAUCGAGUGGCCUUCAAGCAGGAUUUGGGUCUGCUGCUUUAUCGCGUCGAUAUCAUUGCAUUGUUUUACAAGAUGAUGAAUGGCCCCGAUGGUCUCGAAUCAAAGCACCCCAUGUUCAAGGAAUGGUCAGAAUUUACGAAACAGCUAUUCAGAAAGAUGUUCAAAAAGAUUGAGCAACGACCCGAGUUAAUUGUCGAGAUGCUCUUCAGCAAAAUAAACUCGACACUACAUUAUCUAGAAUUCGGGCAAGAGAAGCAGACAAUUCCAGCAACUCGCGCCCCGGCAGACUUAGAGAUCCGACCCGCCCUCGGGAGAGAUGUCAAAGAGCAGAUUGGAAUCGUCGUGACUGUCUUGCUGAAAGAUGGAAAAGAUGAUCUUAUUCAAUGGGUCAAACACGUGCUUGGAAAGGCACAUGACGAGAGACAUGCAUGGGAAGCAGAGGCAGAAGCCCGUAAGGGAGGGUCCACCGAACCUGCUGAGGAGCAGCCUGAGGCUCCUUCUGGGGAAGUUAACAUCGGUCAGCCACCUAUCGUUACUGUCCGCCCAGCCUCUGAAGAUAUCAAAACAGCCAUGUUCAAGAAUGGACGGCUACGAUUGUUAAUGACUCUUGUCGGCUUCGAACGACUUGGAGAUGAAGAUGUGCUCGGCGCAACGUGGAUUAUACCGUCGAGUGUGAACUCACAGGGUUUGGCAGAGUCGAAAGAAGCUAUUGUACAUUACGAGCAAAUGCCCUGGCAAGCAGAAAAUGCACAUGAAGAUGCCGAGGACAUGAUACGUAGGAAAGCUAAAGCCAGGAAAGGCAAUGAGGAUGACGAGGAAGCUCCCCGCGAUACCUUUAUCGACGAUUCGGAGGGCGAAGAAGAAUUUUUGUUCCCUGACAACCCUCGCAAGAAGAGGUCUAAGGACAUUCUGAAAGAGCUUAAAGCGAGUCGGAAGAGAAAGCGCGGGUCGGAUGAUGAUGAUGAUGAAGACGAGCUCGACGAAGAAGCUGCAGCACGGAGAAGAGCUGCUCGUGAAGCCGCUGCCAGGGAAAGACGACUCAAGAUCAAGAGCGAGGCUUAUAUCAGAGACAGCGAUGAUGAAAGUGACGUGGAGAGAGACCGAAUCUUUUUCGAGCGUGAGGAGGAGUUGCGCAAGAAGACGGCGGAAGAUCACCUUCGCAAACAAGCGGCGUUCGUCAAUGAGCAAUCCACCAAAGCCAAGGGCAAAGGCAAACGCAAGGUAACGAUACCUACGUUGCCACAAACCCAGGGAACCACACAAGAGAGCGACGAUGAUAUUUUGAUGGGUGGUAUGGACGAUGAGCCCGACCAAACCGCAUCUUCGCAGCCUCAGAGGAGGUCUGAUACCGAAGCUGAAAGUGAGGAAGAAGAAACGCCUCUGUCAUCGCAGAGUUCCGCGACAGUUAAAGGCGUCGGGCUUCAAAAGAGUGUCCUUCAGGAGAUAUCACAACCAAGGGCAACUUCAAGAGCUGCUUCAGCAAAGGUUGGUGGCGGCAGUCUGGACGAUGAGAGCGAUGUUGAUGAGGAGAUUGUUCCAGCUGGAAGACAACAGAGGGUUAGGGGUGGUUUUAUUAUCGACAGCGACGAUGAUGAGUAG